AUGAUUCUUUCCAAUUACGUGUUAGGUGAGCAUAUUUGUAUUGAUGGAAUGCAUGGAAUGGCUACGGGAGUGGAGGUCCGGCAGGUAGUGACGGAAGAGAUUGAUAUACGGAGUAUGGGUAUUAUCGGAGGAGGAUGUGAAUUCAUUAGAUAUGCAUGGCCAAAGAUCUCAGUUUCAUUCUCCAUCCCCUAUGAGAAAGACACCAUUCCCCUCUGCUUCAGUGGACCACCCCUAGUGGGAAUUGGGCCACAUCGUUUGAGGCAAAAUCUGUUGACGAACUAUCCUGUGGACCUACUAGUCAUCGAGAGAAGCCAUUAUUGCCGGCCAACCAAGACACCGCGCAAGGAAGAAUGGGAACUUUUGAUUAGCGGAACACCACCUCUACAACGACCAAGGAUUGUUAUUGAAUCCUGGCAAGCGGACGCGCAACUUUGGAAAUUUGGACCUGUGAGCAAAGCCUCCUGGAAACAAUGGGAAGAUCUGGGUUAUGGAACCCAAAGCAAGACAAUUGACGCCACAGCAGUUGGAGGCGCCAUCAACCAAAGGAGACUUCUCGUCAUUCGCACUGCUGCUGACCUGGGACCGCGCUGGACCUGGGAUAACCUGGACAGGGAUCUGACGGUCAUCCGACCAAUGGGGAAUCUUCUCACCCCUCCUGGGCUUGUCCCUCGGGACCGAUUUCGACACCAUGAUUCGGGACACGCCCCGGAUUCACAGAGGGAUCCCAUGCCCCCUCGGAUUGGGGCUUUGAUCAAGACGGAGAAAGGUAUCCGCCGGCUCAUGAAAGACGAGUUUGCAAGAGGAUUGGGGAUUCCAAAGACAGACAAAGACAGGUUGACAGAACGCUGCCUCCACCGGAGCACUUCAGUCUUUCAUUGGGAGUAUCUGUCACGUUCCCUACAAAACCUUUUCUCAAGUGCUACACAGGACCAAGACACGCCUUCUUUGCAACCCUCCCAAGAGGACCCAACACUGCUUCCCAUUCCAAGAACUCUCUUCGAAUGGAAACCGGCCGACCUUUCACCGGGCGGAAAAUGGUACCUCAAACGGGUGGCAAAUCUGGAGGUAGCGGCAUCUCACUAUCCUACACCAGAGGCAGUCAUUGUGGAUGGUUUGAACCGACUGAGAAUCCAUAGAGCCAACUACACCGCAGACGGGCCAGUGCCCAAAUGGCUACAGCCUCUGUGGUGGGAGUUCCUGCAAGAACACUGGGAGGAGUUACGAAUGGGAGCUCGUCAAAACUUCACAAAGGACCCCAGCCCUGCUCCGAUGGAUGCCACUAUGGAAGAAGCGGCAUCUGCCUUUGUGGACGAGCUCAUGUCCUUAGGCGUGGUCCGAGACAUCGAUGAAGGUCGCCAGAUUCUGACUAAUGCACCAUUGUUUGUGGUCCCCAAGGAAGGACAGGAAGGACAAUGA